GGCAGACGGAAGUGUUGUGUGUUGUUGCCGGAAGCGGCGAGGGAAAGUUUGUGAUGGCGGCUGCAAUUUUAGCCGAAAAGGUGCCGGUGGACAGCGCGGAGGAGGGGGAGCAGCCCCUGGCGACGGCGGCGGAGCUGGCCGCGCAGAAGCGCGAACAGAGGCUUCGCAAAUUCCGGGAGCUGCACCUGAAGCGGAAUGAGGCUCGCAAAUUGAAUCACCAAGAAGUUGUUGAAGAAGAUAAAAGACUCAAGUUACCUGCUAACUGGGAAGCCAGAAAGGCCCGUCUGGAAUGGGAACUGCAGGAAGAAGAAAAGAAGAAGGAAUGUGCCGCAAGAGGGGAAGACUAUGAGAAAGUGAAGCUGCUGGAGAUCAGUGCGGAAGACGCGGAAAGAUGGGAGAGGAAAAAGAAGAGGAAAAACCCUGACCUGGGAUUCUCAGAUUAUGCUGCUGCCCAGUUACGUCAAUAUCAUCGGCUGACCAAACAGAUCAAACCUGACAUGGAAUCGUAUGAGAGACUGAGAGAAAAACAUGGAGAAGAGUUUUUCCCAACAUCCAACAGUCUUCUUCACGGAACACACGUGCCUUCCACAGAGGAGGUUGAUAGGAUGGUCACAGAUCUGGAAAAGCAAAUCGAAAAACGAGACAAAUACAGCCGGAGACGUCCUUAUAACGACGACGCAGACAUCGACUACAUUAAUGAAAGGAAUGCUAAAUUCAACAAGAAAGCAGAAAGAUUCUAUGGGAAAUAUACGGCUGAAAUUAAACAGAAUUUGGAAAGAGGAACAGCGGUCUAAUCCCUUCAGGAACUGUUAGGAACUGUUUUUAAAAGCUUGACAAUGCUGGCAAAUUGAAGUUCUCUUCAAAGUUUUAUCAGGAAACCAGCAGUCAUUCUACGAUGCCUUCCUCAUCAGCAUUUGGAAAUAAAUGCUUUUCUUAAACAUAUGCUUCCAUGUAUAUUCCCCUAUUUCUGUGCUUGGAUAGAAGAUGCAUUUUAAGAUGUAGUGUACUUGGUCUGUAAAAAUCUACUUUGUAUAAAUACUAAUUAUUUUUCUAUGUAUUUUAAACGUA